CCCCAAAGGAACACACGUGACAUGUGUGUCGGUUUUGUAACGCUGUAGAGUUGACGAGGCUGCCCAGCCGACACUCAUUCAAAAAGUGAAGUUAACCACGACGAUAUCACAAUGCUUAUUCCAAAUGGACGAUUCCGAAUUUGUACAUUGGCGUUCACUGCCGCUAGGAUGUUUACGACUGGUCCAAACCCAGUCGUUUACUUUGACAUUGCUGCAGACAACCAACCUCUUGGAAGAGUAACCUUUGAGUUGCGAGCUGACGUGGUACCAAAAACAGCAGAAAACUUCCGUGCCCUGUGCACAGGAGAGAAAGGAUUCGGUUACAAGGGAUCAAUAUUCCACCGGGUCAUCCCCCAGUUCAUGUGCCAGGGAGGAGACUUUACCAACCACAAUGGCACCGGAGGGAAGUCCAUAUAUGGAAGGACAUUUCCAGAUGAGAACUUCAAGCUGACACAUACUGCCGCUGGGAUCUUGUCCAUGGCCAACGCAGGGCCCCACACAAAUGGCUCUCAAUUCUUCAUCUGCACAGCCAAGACAGAGUGGCUGGAUGGCAAGCAUGUUGUGUUUGGCAGUGUGAAGGAGGGCAUCGAGGUAGUGCAGAAAGUGGAGGCCCUGGGCUCGCGCUCUGGGCGCACCGCCAAGCGGAUCACCAUCACCGACUGCGGCGAGCUCAAGUAGACCCCCGGUGCUCUGGCACCCCCAAUACCCCCCCCCCCUUUCCGAAACACCUACUGUGAAUGUCAAAAAAUGAGCCCGUUGUGAAGACGGUCAGCCGGACGAUGGUACGGUGUGGUGGGCUGAGGACGUCCAGGCGAGAAUCUUUUUUUCACUCUUCUAAUUUUGUUUAUUAUUCUUUUUUUAGUCGACCACGCUGUGCUGAGAGGCUUGUUUGUCAAGAGCCUGAUUUUUGAAAAAGGGCAGGGCCAGAGCCGUCUUUAAAGCUGUGAUUGGUCCAAGUUCAUUUCUAUCUUGAAUCCCCAGGGGGCACUUAAUCGGAGUCUUGGCAUCUCCUCAGAUCAGGGUAAUACUUGUGUGUGAAUCGUCAGCAUUUACCUCGUAAGUUCCUCUCAAAAUAUGUCGAUUUUUUUGUAAAAAGAGCAACCGAACGUAUACUGGAAUGUGACAUUGUGAGGUGUGAAUUGCGUGGCUUUAAAUGAGUAUUUUUGGAAACGGCAGUUCUAAACUGAAAUAAAGUCAUACCAACGGUGCUAA